AUGCCGCGGCGCAUCGCACAGACGCUGCCGUCGACGCUCUCGCGGCUGCUGCAGGGCAACUACCUCAAGCAGGCGCCGCUCGUGCUGCCCGUGCUGGCGCUGCACCCGCCGGCGCCGCUGCCGCCGCGCGCCGCCGUGCCGCGCGCCGACCUGCCGCAGCUGGCCGCGCCGUCGCUGGCGCCGCGCAAGAUCGUCUACCUCGAGGACCGCGUGCGGAGGCGCUUCUUCCACGACCACCCCUGGGAGACGGCGCGGCCGCGCAGCCUGACCGAGGCGGAGAAGACCAAGGAGGUCAUGAGCAAGCCGGGCGUGGUGGACCUGCGCAACUGGGGCCCCAACCCGAGCGCCGAAGACGUCGUCUCCUGCGUCGUCGCUCUGCACAAGAGCGAGGGCAUCUCUCUUUCGACGGCGUACCACCACACGCUCUCGACCUUCUACGCACUGCGGGCGGCCCACGAGCACGCACGGCGCGCCGCCGUUGCCGAGGCUGUCGCAUUCGGCGCCACCUUC